AUGGCUGAUAAAUUGUUUCGUCCUUGGGUGAACAUGAAUAAGGAGAAGAAAAAGUGUAAACGUAAUUUACGAGAGGAUGAUAAUAAAAAUACCAAAUUAGUGGUAAACGUGAAUGAAAAUAACAUUCAAUCGAAUUUGUGCGAGAAAAAUAAUGAAAUUAAUGUGAAUCAAAAAUACAGGAUGGAGAAAAAUGUUACGGAACAAGCUCAUUUGAAUGGACCAAAGAAAAAUAUUGUUUAUCAUUCAAAUACAUCGUUAUCAGAAGAAAGUGAUCCACGUUUUUGUACAAAUCAAUUUCCAACUUCGUCCAGUACGGUGAAUUUACCUUCAUACAAUCCAGCAAGUUUCAUAUCUUAUUUAAAUUAUCUUACGACAGGAUUGUAUCAUCCAUCAGAAAUGUUUCCAUUGUUAGAUGGUAAAGAUGAUCCAUAUCGUUCGUCAAAUUUUUUAAAUACAUUUCCAAAUACUUGUCAUAUUCAAGAUAUACCACAGAUACCACAAAUAUCUUCGAUUAAUCAUUAUGAUACUUUACCAACUUAUAAUACGUCUGUUGAGAAAGCUGCUGAAUUGGUUAAUUUGCAAGAUGUUGCUGCUAAACAAAUGAAAAAAUUACGACCGAAAAAAUUUCGUUGCGAAUAUUGCGACGUUGCUUUUAGUAAUAAUGGCCAAUUAAAAGGACACGUUAGAAUACAUACAGGUGAAAGACCGUAUAAGUGUGACUCAGAAGGAUGCGGCAAAAGUUUUACGAGAAAUGAGGAAUUAACUCGUCACAAAAGGAUUCAUACAGGAUUGAGGCCACAUUCUUGUUCGGCUUGCGGCAAAAAAUUUGGUAGGAAGGAUCAUUUGAAAAAACAUACGAGGACACAUGAAAAUCGUGAUUUAUUGUAUCACGUUUCUACACCUUUGAGUGUAUUUUCGUUAGGAAUGUUUCCAUCACUUGCAUAAA